AUGGCUGCGAAAAUCUGGGAUGCAAAGACGGGCGAGCUUCUCAACACACUCAAACACGAUCGCUGGGUUUGCAGUUUGGCAUGGACAUCGGACGGCAAGAAGCUUAUCUCCGGUUCUAACUUGAUUAGGAUAUUCGACACUGCCAUUUGGCGGCAGAUCGCCAUCCUUGAAGGUCACACAAGUGAUAUCUAUGCCAUCUGCUUGUCUCAGAACAACCGCUUCCUUGCAAGUGUAUCACCCGAUAAAACAGCGCGCCUAUGGAAUCUCGAUACAAACCUCCCAGUUGGACCACCCCUCCAGCACGAAGAUCGUUUGUUAUUCGCAGCCCUUUCCCUUAACGGAAAGGUGUUAGUCACUGCUUGCCGGGACAAAAACGUGUACACAUGGGAUGUUCACGCCAUCCUUAAGAAAGCUGGCCUUGAAGACCUCCUACUUCCCAUUAGUAUCAAUAUUAAGACAUCUCAAGAUGAUUCAGGAACACAGUACACACCCCGCUCCUCUCUCGAUGACAAGUCAUUUUUGGAAGCUGAUGCUACGCGAUGUCCUGGCCAGUUUGAUGGCGUUGAUAAACUCUCCCCAAGGUUUUUUGAUGGCAUGGAGGGAGAUUUUGAUUCCUCCCCGAUGGGUGGUGCACACCCUCAUUCCUCAAAUGCACUCCUCGCUCGCCUUUCCUCGCUCCUCCACCGCUUUCGACCCGAUAGUGGUGAAACAACCGAACUUCCACAACCCUCAAGGCCUUCAGGGUUCCAUCCACACGUACUCCUCGCUCGCCUGACGUCACUCAUUCACCGUUCUCCACCUGAAAAUGUUGCACCAGACGAACUUCAACAACCCUCCACGCCUUCGCAGGCAGAUCCACGUGUGCUGCUGGCUCGCCUCUCCUCACUUUUCCCCCGACCUCGACUCGGCACUGACGAAGAAGCCGAACCUCAACCCACGACGCCUUCGAGUUCACGUCCAGAUGCACUUGUCAGCUGGCUGUCCUCGCUCUUCCGCUCUCAACCCCACGCCAACGAUGAAAUCGAGCUCACGCAACGCCCACACCAUCCUCCUGUGGUCGAAGUAGCUGCAGUGCGCGAUAAGCAGGCUUUGGUUGUCGCUCGGGGGCCACAAUACAAGAAGGCAAAACGAGCAUAUGAGCAACAAACUCAAUCACACGGCCAAGCCCGGGUGUCGUCAUCGCACACUCAACCUGCCGAUACCUCAACAUCCGUGACACCUCCUGCUCCAGGUACAGCAGCCGCACAACCACCACCCAUCUCAUGGUGGGCUCGCAUCGUGCUGUUUCUCUGCUGUGCAUCUCCACCACAUGCCAAUGGUCAUUAAUACAGCUAGCAUUGCAGCGUUUGUACAUCUACGUCACCUUUGCUUCUAGUCAUUUGGAGAACCUUUCCAUAGUCUCAAUUAUUACACGCUCAUCCACUGCUUUCUCCUUCUGACCGACCCACACAACCUUGCAGACAUGCGAGUGUUUCGGCAACGACUGCUUUUGCUUAACCUUUUUGUUCAAGCCCUAAUCAAGCUAACUUACCUUUGAAUUC